UGAAUAGAGAAUGAGGAAAAUUGUGAUGACAUUUGAGAAAGAAGGGAAGAACUUAUGAGUCUUCUGAGUUCUUCUUCCUCCUCCCAUUGUCAACACUGAGAACCGCUUUCUCGCUCUCUCUUCCGAUCGCAAUCUCAGGGGAGGCUGGCUUAAUAGACCAUUCAAUGUCCUGCAUCUUCAAGUUGGGAAUUUAUAGAUAGGAGUCAUUACUGGUUGGCUGUAGGAGUGGUCAAAUCAAUCCGCACUACCCAAAUCAAAAUAUAGAGGUUGAAUUUGCUGUGUGUGUGUGUAUUCAACAUGUUUCUUCUUAAAAGAAGGGGCUCCCAUAACAAUGGAGAAACUAAUGAUUCUUCACAGCAGGAUGUGAAGAUCAAUGAACUAAGAGCUGCCUUAGGGCACCUAUCCGAUCGUUGUUUAAAGUACUGCAAUGAUGCAUGCCUUCGGAGAUAUUUGGUUGCUCGGAAUUGGGAUCUUCAUAAGGCAAAGAAAAUGGUGGAGGACUCACUCAAAUGGAGGGCAACUUAUAAGCCUGAGGAAAUCAAAUGGCAUGAAGUAGCACAUGAAGGUGAAACGGGCAAAUCUUUUAGAGCAAAUUUCUACGACCGUUUCGGUCGAACAGUGCUCAUAUCCAGGCCAGGGAUGCAGAAUACAAACUCGCCGGAUGACAAUGUUCGACAUGUAGUGUAUCUUUUAGAGAACACAAUUUUGAACCUUCGUAAUGGGCAAGAACAGAUAUCGUGGCUGAUAGAUUUUACUGGCUUUACACUAAACACCAACAUCUCUGUCAAAGCAGCAAGAGGCAUUAUUAACAUACUGCAGAGCCACUAUCCAGAAAGGCUUGCUGUUUCGUUUCUCUACAAUCCUCCAAGAAUCUUCCAAGCAUUUUGGAAGGCUAUCAGGUACUUUCUUGACCCAACGACGGCUCAGAAAGUAAACUUCAUAUACUCCAACAACGAGGACAGUGUAGAGCUAAUGAAAUCUUUCUUCGAUAUGGAAAAUCUUCCAAGUGUAUUUGGAGGAAAAGCAACUCUAACAUAUGACCAUGGAGAGUUCUCAAAAAUGAUGGUAAUGGACGACAUGAAAACUGCCAAAUUUUGGAAGUUAAACGACAAGCCUUGCCAUAAUAUGAAUGGACUUUCAGGCCUGGAGGUCGCACCAGAAGAGGCAAUGCCCAUCUCAGUUUCAUCAGCUUAGAAGGGUCGGUCCCAUUCUUUUAAUCUCUAAUUUGCAUGUAAAUUAAAAUGAACUACGGCCUUGCUUAUGUAUUUAUGUAAUGAAAAUGGGGCUUAAUUGUUGUUUCUGUCCCCAGUCCUGUCUUUACGAUUAGACCCUUUAAUAAUAACCAUAAACAGAAGCUUGAGCUAAAA